AUGUUGUUUUUAACGGUAUUCCUCGGCUUAUGGGGCUAUGUCUAUUCAGCUAUUAUUGGUGGGUUGGAGAAUUUAUAUUCAUUUUCCGCUUACCGCCAGCUUUUUAUCAAGGAAUGAAAAAAUGUGUAUUGAUUUGUAAUCCUUUUUCAUAAGGAUUUUUUUCAAGAAAGCGUUCUUUUUUUUAUUACUAAAAUAUUUUACCUAAGCUUGGGACAUUUUUUUCUUCUAAACUUAUUUUUUUAGAUCAAUGUUUCAGUUUGGUAGAUUUCACAUCAAAGAUCUUAUAAUAUUCGGUCAACUUCCUAAUUUUCAAACACUAUCUUUUAAGAGAAAAAGAUCCUAGAAGGCUGGGGAAAAAAGUAAAACUCUGGGAAAACUAUUUCGAUUUUCAUUUUUAUAAAAUUUUACGUAUGGUCAGUGAUUAUUAGAAAUAUCCAUCCUGUUAUUAGAUUUUGAAAAUAAACUUUUAGGAGAGCCGAAGAUUCAAUGUUCCUCAAUAGGAGUUACGGUCCUCAUCGAACACGACAAGCCAUUUACCGGUGCUCUUUAUUUAAGGUAAUUGAUAAAUCGAAAUAUUUACAUCGGUUUGAAUUUUCAGAGGUAACAAAGAGAAACAGUCAUGUAAGGCAGACUUCUCGAAAAAUCCAGCAAUGAACAUUUCCUACGAGUUUCCUUUCGACAGUUGUCCUAGCAGAAGAAAGCGCCAGGUCAGUGAAAAAAUUUAACUUAUUUGAAAAAAAGGUCUAUGGAAAAAAAAAACACCGAUCAACGAGAAGAAAACUUUGUAGAACAGAAAAGAUUCGUUUCAGACAAGUCCCCUGGUAUAUUUCUUUUUCUUUCUGAAAAUUCAUAAUUUCUAUUUUUUUCUGUUUGUGUUUUGGUUAUAAACUUAAUAUAUAGUCCAUAUGGAACAUUAAAAAAACUCGGAAUUUAUUGGUGGGGAAAGGAUUUGGUGAAAAGUUCCGAUACGAAAGAAAUCCUAAAUGCUUUAAAAUUUCGCUAAUUCGUUUCAUCAAACAAGUGAAGAUCUAAUUUGAAUAAUUUUUUUUCUUGAAAUCAUAAUUUUUAGGUUCUUCCUAGCUCCUUUUUUUCUCAUUUUUUCAAGAGGAAAGAUGUUUUUUUGUCGGCUCUUUAUUUUUUUCUUGACCUUCUUAUAUUUCUACAAAUAAUUUCUCUUUUUGAAAAGUACUUUACGGAUUAAAAAGUCACGAAAAAGGCGCUUUCAAUGAAUUUCCAUUCAAAAAUAUCCUACUCACGUAAUUUUGAAUUUUACCCGUGUUGUAAGGCCUAAUAGGUUUUUUUAAGAGCAGAUUAUUUUUAAAAUAAACACUUUUUGAUCCAGCAUAUAUUUUUUAGCUGGCUCCCUCACGAGGAAUGAUGAUGUCUUCAGUGUUGGUCGUGUCUCAUCACGGCCUCAUAAUCACUCACAAGGACGUCGCCUACCAAAUCGACUGUUUUUAUAAAGAAGAACGCAGUCAGGUCGACGCCAGCUUGAACGUCAGGUUCGUUGUGCUAUUAAAAAGAAGAAGAAAAAAACUGAAAUUUUUCAUCUUUAUAAAAAAAAAUGAUUGAAGUUUUUUCGAACAGCUUUCCAUACUGUAAACUGCGGUGAUAAGGAGAGAAAAUAUGUAUUUUUUCCGGCUUUCAAUCUCGCUAGAGAACUGUUCAGCGAAGAAAUUCGCCGAGUAAGUUUCCAAAAAUCUUUUUAUGAGUUUCACGUUGGAAUGCCCUGGUACGUAUAAAAAGAAAUUGUGUUCCGAGUCGAACCAAAUUAACAUCGCUUCGAGACCUUUUUUACCGUUUUGUAGAACAAAGGCGCAAAAAAUCUGUGUUUACGGUAGGUUUUUUUUUGCUUUUCGUGUUCAAAAAGCGGCCACCGUCUCGCGCGGUACACUUUGUACUGGAAAAAUAAGAAUAAAAAACUCACCUCGAUAGAAAUCGAAAAUCGGACUCAUUAAAAAACCAGCUUUAUUUUGCUCUAACUGACCACAGAUCAAUAUUGAUCUUAUCUUCUUAAUCAAAUUUCCCUUAUUGAUUAUGAUUUUCGCUCCUAAGUUUAGUUUUUGGGUAUAUUUUUAAUAAUGUUUUAAAUCAAUGCACGAAGAAAGCAUUGACAAUGGGUCGAAACAAGCGAAAAAGUUUCGCGAAUAGCUUUUCGGAAAAAAAAAUUCGUAUUCUAUUUCUCAAUUCAUGUUUCAAUACUCUAUUGUUGAUAAUCCUUAAUUGUCUUUUUUAUUCGGAAAUCUUUGAAAAUCCAUCAGUUUUCCGAAUUCGUUCAGGUAAAGCUAUAACUUUUUGAACUUUUUGCUUAAUGCCGUGUUCAAAGUAUACUCCUCGACGUAAAAAUGAGCAUCGAGGAGUGAAAAAGAUAUUCAAAAUUAUAGUGUGUUAAAAUUGAUUCCGCGAGAUCCAAAAUAGCCGUCAGAGGAAGGAAAAGUUAACUAAAUUUUUUAGAGUCAAAGAUAAUUUUCAUCUUCCCAGGAUCACUUUGAACACGAAAAAGAUACCACAGAAUGCGAAAUUUGCGCAAAAAAAAAAAAGCUUGUUUACAGUACUCCGCCGCCGCAUAUCCUGGCAGAUCAGCCAGCUCUGCCAAAGUGCGACUAUCGCUUGGAACUUGCGUCAAUCAGCUCGAAUCAAGGCAAAUUUCUUCACAGUUCCAAAUAGAUUUUGAGAGAAUAACCAUUGAAAGGAAUAUUCAAUUCUCCUUUCUAAUAGAACCAUUAAAUUUUGUUUUGAUUCAAAAUGCUGCCUUUUAGGGGGUGUCGCUUCGGCCGUCACUUCCACGGCCAGCGUCUCCUUUGCCCAACUCGGAGAAUCGGUCGUUCACGUCUGGAGUUGCGACGGAAACGCUCCGACGGAUGUUUAUUGCAUGCAGGUAGGAAGAAAUUCGGGACACAGCUUUUCGGACCUCGAUAACGCAAAUCGGACGUUUCUGAGCUUUUUUAGGGAUCACUUCAGUGCCGGAACUCUUAGGUGAUAACUAGAGAUAUUCAGAAACGUCCGCGGCGUGUCUGUUUUCGUUACCGAGGUCAAAGAAGUUGAAUGUUUUCUUUAAUAGAAAAAAAAAAUUAAUAUUAAGGUUCACAACUGCAUGGCCAACGAUGGACAGGGUAAUCAAGUUCAAGUCGUCGAUGAGAAAGGGUAAGCGCUCAGAAAUUUUUUUUCUGUGAUUUAUUUUGUUUUCCUCAGAGACUUUAAAGAGAAAGUAGGUAUCUGUAACGACUUCCCUCUACGUCUGCCAUUAAUCAAUAUAUGUUUUUUUAGUAAAUUAAGAACUCUCUUUUAUACUUUAUCAUGGCUGCGCUUAAAAGUUUGAAAAGAAAAAAAUGUGAGCAGUAUAUAAUGUUACAACACCUACUUUUCUGAUUAUUUUGAGCUGAAGCAAAAAAAUCCACUGCUUUUUGGCCAUGACUUUAAUCGAUCCUCAAUUUGGAACUGGAAAGGAGUAAGAAAACUUAUGCUUUCUGUUACUUGGAAUUUUGAAGUUUUUGCUUCCUUACUCCUUCUACAUACCUGCCAGAAGCUUGCUGGAAGAUAAGCAGAGGUAAAUAUUUCUGGAAAUCUUCCAAAGACCUUCUCAAGACCUUCUUGCUUUCCAUUUCCAGAUUACCUUCCCCAGAUUCGCCUGAGUAAAAAUAAUUUGAAUUCAGAUGCUCGAUGGACGGAGAGCUUCUGUCGCCCAUCAGAUACACGAGUCCCCUUCGCGCCGUCGCGACAUCACAAGUCUUCAAAUUCGCCGAUCGCAGCUCGGUCUACUUCAAAUGUGACGUCAGGUUGCUCGAUAAAUCGCCUGCCGAUGAGUGUCCGGUGAGUUUCAAGAGUACUAUGAAAACGAACUCUAGCCAUUUUCAGCUGCCGACGUGCUCCAACAAGACGAAACGAGCCGUCCGACACAGUUUCCGAGUGGCUAGAGACCUUCCCGUCGCCGCUCCAGAACUCGUAGUCGAACCUCGGGCCGCCUUCGAACAUCUCCUCGACACCGUUGUUCUACUUCCCGAUCCCCUCAUCAAAUCGGCCAUUCAGCCCAUGUAUCUCUCUGUUCUUCUGUCAUUGUUGUUCUUGUUGUAA